UGAACCAAACAGAAACGAACGUCUCAUUUAUAAACGAAGAGGGUAAGGUUGUAAUCUUACGUUUUAGGAUAAGAACAGCCCGUCGUCUCCGGCGACGAUGAAGUGGUUACUUGUCGCCGUGUUGACCGCUUUUACGAUUUCUUCCGCCGUGACACAAUCUCAUAUCCUCCUUGGAUCUCCGGUCAACUCUCUCUGCACUGACCUCAUUCAUCCGGCCGGUUACUCCUGCACCGAACACACUAUUCAAACGAAAGAUGGGUACAUACUAGCUCUUCAACGCGUGGCUUCUCCUGCUCAGAAUCUAACACUUCAGUAUGGUCCACCUGUUCUGCUUCAGCACGGUCUAUUUAUGGCUGGAGACGUGUGGUUCUUGGAUUCCCCUAAAGAGUCAUUAGGCUUCAUUCUUGCAGAUCAUGGGUUCGAUGUUUGGGUAGGAAACGUUCGUGGUACGCGCUAUAGUUACGGGCAUGUAACUUUCUCUGAAACUGACAAGGAAUUUUGGGAUUGGAGUUGGCAAGAUUUGGCUAUGUAUGACUUGGCAGAAAUGGUUCAGUAUAUGUAUUCACUUGCAAACUCCAAAAUCUUCCUUGUUGGACAUUCUCAGGGGACUAUCAUGUCUUUUGCUGCUCUUACUCAGCCACGUGUUGCGGAAAUGGUUGAAGCAGCUGCGUUGCUUUGUCCAAUAUCGUAUUUGGAUCAUGUCACAGCUCCACUUGUAGAAAGAAUGGUUUUUAUGCAUCUCGAUCAGAUGGUCGUUGCUCUUGGCCUGCAUCAAAUAAACUUUCGAAGUGAGACUUUAGUUAAACUUGUUGACUCGUUAUGCGAAGGGCAUAUGGAUUGCACUGAUUUCCUCUCAUCCAUAACAGGGGAGAAUUGUUGUUUCAAUGCCUCGAGGAUAGAAUACUAUCUAGAUUACGAGCCUCACCCAUCAUCUGUGAAGAACUUGCGGCAUCUUUUCCAAAUGAUUCGGAAGGGGAGCUUUGCACAAUAUGAUUACGGCUUUCUAAAAAACAUAUUGACUUAUGGGACAUCAAAACCUCCGGAAUUCGAACUUGGCCUCAUUCCGGCAUCAUUACCAAUGUGGAUGGGGUACGGUGGAAGUGAUCUUUUAGCAGACGUGACGGAUGUGGAACGUACUCUCGCCGAGCUACCUUCGAGACCAGAGUUGCUAUAUCUUGAGAAUUAUGGUCACAUUGAUUUUGUGCUUAGCACAAGUGCGAAAGAAGAUGUGUAUAAGCACAUGAUUCAAUUCUUCAGGGCGAGGAAAAAGUCCAGUAUUUGGUAAAACUACUAACUGCAAGGCUGGGCACAUGACAUCUGCUAUCUGUCUCCUACUUGAUAACGUGUGUGUAUAUAUAUACUAGGAGAAGCCCGCGUUUGGCGCGGGGUUUGAUAUUUUUUUUUUUAAAUCAAGUUCUGUUUUGAAUGAAGAGGAGAACUUGUAUGUAUUAUUAGGUCGACCAACUGGUUUUUAUAUACAUAUGGUAAUGACGGUCUAAGUACUGGAUC